AUGUUAAUUCUAUUUAAAUAAAACCAGUGAAGGUAAUGUCAAACGUUAAGAAUACCAGCUUCCUGUGAAAUGUGAAAGGAAGGAAGGAAGUCAGCACUGAUUUGAGAAAUACGAUUGUAACAACAGGUCCAUCCCUAAAUGAGGCAAAUCUUGGAAUCACUUCCAACUUAAAACCAUUACUAUGCACCAAGCCAUGUGCUGGACACUGGGACAAAAGAUGAAGCACCUCAGUUUACAUAUUACAGGGUGUAGCAAACAAUCAACAAGUCAUAAGAUAGAUAGGAAGCAUUGUGAAUUAAGUCAGUUGGUUUCUAGAAGCAUUGUGAAUUAAGUCAGUUGGUUUCUAUUAUACCGGUAUUUCAAGAAAAUUAUUUAACCUGCUGACUUUAAGAUCCUAAGUGUCUUCUCCGUGUGUCACACAGGAUAGACCUCUGAAAAGUGGCAUAGUUACUUCUGGGUUAAUGGCUGUGUUUAGCCAAGGCAGGAUGGGGGGAGUUUGCCCAUGCUGACAUAAAGGGCUAUUCACUCGGAUUCACACAUUCUCUCCUAGACUGAAUUGCACAACUCCUAAAACCCAUCCUACAGAAAUUUGGGAGUCAUCACUGAUUCCGUGGCAGCCCCUAUCUAAUAGAGUGGUGAAUAUGAAUUAUCAAACGUGGAACAAAGGAUACCGAAAGUUGAGGAAAAUGGUAACAUUUUCGAGUAAAUAACCGUAAUGUGUGUUCUGCCUGCCACCCUAACUGGUGCUCAUUUGGCAGGAGGGUUGCGUUUCUUGGAAGCAGUCCUGCCCGGGAGAGGAAGAAUCUCUCUCAGAUUUUAGCCUGGAGGAAGACAAGGUGAGGCUGCCCAGACUGGACUAACACUUCUGAAUGUACGGAGAGGCGAGGCCCUGUGACUUCCUUGGGAAGCUCAGCCGUCCCUACCCCAAUGGGCUGCUGGAGUUCUGGGGCCACCCGGGUGUGUGGCCCAAAUGCUGCCUCGCUAAGGGGGUAGUGGUGUUCCUGUGGGGGACAGCUGUCCCUCUGCAGGGGAAGAGAGGCUUGGGCCCAGUGAUUGUGGGGAAAAGCGCGCCCUGGUGGCACGCAGCCCAUCUGGGCCUGAGCUAAAUAAAGGCCGCUGCAGAAAUACAGGUGUCACAGAGAAAGGGCGGGGCCGCGCGCGCCUUUGCUACAGGGUCGUGGGCGGGGCUGCCAGAAGUGUUCUGGCUCCCGCUCGCGCAGGAGCCUCUGCACGUCAUGUCCCUACUGAGCCUCUGGACCCUACGGGUCCUUCUCACGUGGGAAUCGUUGUGGCUGCUGAUCCAGGCAGCUCCGCUUCGGGGGUGGGCCCGGGACCCGGUCCCGCUGUCCUCUGAACCCCGAGGACCGACCGAGCCCUGGCCUUCCCGCUCCUCUGAUCCCCCACCCGAAUCGCCCCAUGCGCUUGCACCCGCGGCACACCCCGAGGGCUUUGCUUCCCUGGGGUCCUCUGCUUCUUCCCAGAUGUCGGCCCCGCCUCAGGAGUUGACUGACACUUUGGCUCCCUUCCUGGACACGCGUUCAGCUCAAGAGCUGCCUCCAGGGCCAGAUGGGUUUGCUGUUCCACAUCGGGAUCCGAAUGACAAGCUGACUGGACAACAAAGGCUCCCGGAGGUGGUUCCAGUGCCAGGCUCGGAUCAGACUCAAGUCGUAGCUCUGCCUCCUCAACUCAGAGGUAGUCAGAGUUCAAGACCAGGAAGGUUUAUUAUUUCACCAAAGAACCUGAAGAAUGAUCUAGGUCAGCAUCGACGGCUUGCUAAGGUGGUUCCUGGAACUUCAGAUCAAUUUACAUCGAAACCUCAGCAACAACCACAAACUCUACAGGAUGACGCUUAUCUAGAUCCAAGUAUGGGUAUAGUUUAUCCUACUGGUCCACCUCUGGAAUUCCCAGAGAACUUCGUUGAGCCUCCAAGGCCCCCUGAACUUUCUCAAUUCCACCUAGGGGAUGAAACUCAAAAUCCAGAGACCCCUGAGGAGAUCCGAUCUUCUUCACUCCAGCAAGAAGCCUCAGAACAAUCCCCUGAGGAGGUAGAACCUUCUUUAACCCAGCAGGAGGUCCCAGCUCAGCAGCUACCUGAUACUGGAGAGGUUGUAGCUCAGCCAUUAACACGUGAUGAAGUAGAUGUUCCAUCUACAAGUCAGACUGCAGCUCAGCACUCACUCUUCUCCAGAGUCACAGGUAAACCUGUGGAUCUGGAGCUUACAGUAACUCCAGAGGCAGGUACCAACAUUGAACCUGCUCCAACUCAGCAGCAGGCCCCAGCUCAGCCUCCAGAGCACCCUGAGGAGGUAGAACCUUCCUCAACCCAACAAGAGGCCCCAGCUCCUGAGGAAGUUGAACCUCCCUCAACCCAACCUCAAAGACCAGAGCUCUCUGAGGAGGUGGAACCUUCUGCCACCUGGGAGGAGACCCCAGCUGAGUUUCCAGGCUUUCCUGUGGAGGCUGAACCUUCCCCGAGUGAACAGGAGCAGUCAGCUCAGCCUUCUGAGUCUCCUGAGGAGAGUGAAACUUCCUUGACCCAGCAGGAGGCCACAGCUCAAGCUCCAGAGUCUCCUGAGGAGAUUAUCGUUCAAAUGCCACCAAAUUAUGAGGUGACAGUUCAACCUCAUCAUUAUAAUUUGCCCCAUGUUACAGUUAAACCUCCGGAUGUGGAGGUUACCAUCACUUCGGAGCCUUCCAAGAAGGCUGACUCUUCUGCAGCCCAGCAGGAGCAACAAGCUCAGUCUCCAGAGCAUCAUGAGGUAACAGUUUCUCAAGUUCAGCCUCCAGUGUUACACUAUGUCGCUAUAAAACCUGUGGAUCAUGUGGUUACCACAACUCCAGAGUCCAUGAAUGAACUUGAAAUUCCAAGCCAACAGGAGGCCCCAGCUCAGUCUUCAGUGGUCCCUCAGCAGUUUAAACCUUUGAAAGGCCAAGAAGAGGUUAUAUUUCAGCAGCCCAACUUCCCUGAAAAGGAUGAACAUUCUCCAGUGCAUCAAGGGGUCCCAACUCAGCCUGAAGAGCUUCCUGAGGAACCAUCUCCAAGCCAGCAGGAAAUCUCAGCAUUACCUCAAGAGCCCCCUGUGGGUAUUGGACCGUCUCCAGGCCAGCAACAGCACGCAACUCAGCCCCCAGCAUCCUAUUCGGUUUUCAGUCCGAUUGGUGAUGCAAUUACUCUGUCACCUCUAGAUCUGUCUAUGAUUUUCAGAGGUCCUUCAGUGUUGCCUAAAACCACAGUUAACCAUGUGGAUUUGGACAUUACCAUAACUACAGCAGAGCCCACUACGAAUGCUGAGCCUUACCCAGUCCAGUGGGAGGGCACUGCUCAGUCUACAGUUUCCACUGAACAGGCUGAAUUUUCUGCAAUCCAGUCUGAUCCCUUUGCCCCACUUCAUGAUCCCCCUGAAAUGUUUGAGUCUUCUGUAGCCCAGCAAGAAGCCACAGCUCAGCCUCCAGAUCACCCUGAGGAGUUAAUACAUUCUCCAGUCCAACAGGAGGCCCCAGCUGAGCCACCAGCGUCCCCUAUGGAGGUUGAACCAUCUGGGACCCAGCAGGAAGCCUUGGGCCGUCCUCCAAAGUCCACUGAAGAGGUCAGACCUUCUCCACCUCAGCAGGAGUUUCUAGCUCAGCCUCCAGAGCCGCCUAAGGAGGUUGUAGCUCACCCUUCAGUGAAUUAUGAGAUGCCAGUUCCAUCACCAGGUCAGGAUCAAGCCCAGUAUCCAACAUUGCCCACUGUCACACUUCAGCAUUUGGACCUGGCCCUUACCAUAACUCCAGAACCCUCUACGGAGGUUGAACCUUCUCCAACCAGGCAGGAGACCCCAACUCAGCCUCCAGAGCCGCCUAAGGAGGCUGUAGCUCACCCUCCUGUGAAUUAUGAGAUGACAGUUCCAACACCAGGUCAGAGUCAAGCUCAGCGUCCAAUGUCACCCACUGUCACAGUUAGUCCUUUGCACCUCCAGCUUACCAUAAUUCCAGUGUUCACUGCAGAGGAUGAACAUUCUAUAGCUCCUUCUUCAAAGCAUCCUGAGGUGACAAUUCCACAUCCAGACCAGAUACAGACUCAGCAGCCAAACUUGAAUGAAGUCACAGUUAAACCUUUGGACCAGGAAUUUACUGUAACUUCAGAACACACUGCAGAGGUUAACCCUUCUCCAACCAUGCAGGAGACCGCAACUCAGCCUCCAGAGCCGCCUAAGGAGGUUAUAGCUCCUGCGUAUUCUGCGAUAACAGUUCCAACACCAAGUCAAGCUCAAGCUCAAGCUCAGCAUCCAGCGUCACCCAGUGUCCCAGUUCAACAUUCGGACCUAGAGUCUACCGAGAGUUCAGUAUCCACCACGCAGGCUGAACAUCCUGUUGCCCUGGAGAAGCCUGUAGCUCCACCUCCAGACCAGGUUCAGACUCAGCCUCCAAACCUGCCUGAAGUUACAGUUCAACCUUCUGAGAUGGAUUUUACUGUAAAUUACAUCUCAGAACAGAAUGCCCCCACAUAUGCCACCAACAUAUGUGAGCUCUGUACCUGCAAAGAUGAGACAAUGUCGUGUGUUGGUCUCAGCCCAAAGAAGAGGCUCCGCCAAGUGCCUGUGCAGGAGCCUAAUGCCUAUAAUGGCACCUUCACCAUCUUAAAUUUCCAUGGAAAUGCUAUUUCUCACAUUGAUGGGAAUGUAUGGAAAUCAUACCCUUGGACUGAGAAACUAAUUCUCAGUGAAAACAAUUUGACGGAAUUACGCAAAGAUUCAUUUGAAGGCCUGCUAUCCCUCCGGUAUUUAGAUUUAUCAUGCAAUAAAAUACAGUCAAUUGAAAGAGGUACAUUUGAAACCCUCCCGUUUUUGCAGUUUGUAAAUCUUGGUUGCAAUUCACUGACAGAAGUGACCUUUGGAACAUUUCAGGCUUGGCAUGGAAUGCAAUUUUUACAGACGUUAAUUCUCAAUCAAAAUCCUCUGGCCACUGUUGAAGAUUCAUAUCUUUAUAAAUUGCCAGCAUUAAAAUAUCUAGACGUGGGAACAACACAAGUCUCACUUACAACAAUUGAGAACAUCCUCAUGGAAACUCUUGAGUUGGAAAAACUGAUCUUACCUAGCCGUCUGGCCUGCUGCCUCUGCCAAUUUAAAAGUAAUAUUGAGGCUGUCUGCAAGACAGUGAAGCUACAGUGUGACAAUGCAUGUCUGACAAGCACCACAGAUUGUCGUGAAGAAGCAUCUCUAGGGAAUACAGAAGGAUCGCUCAUAAAGGUAUUACAAGCCCGAAAGAAGCACACCAGCACUGAGCUGACUAUUGAGCCAGAGGCACCCUCGGAUAAACAUGGCAUCAGCUUGUCAGGCUUCACGAACGAGCCGCUGGACUUCAACGAUGAAAGCGAUGUUAUUAGUGCACUAAAUUACAUAUUGCCUUACUCCUCAGAGGGAAAUCUAGAAGAUGUGGAAUCAACAUUAUUACCGUUCAUUAAACUGCUUUUUUCAAAUCAACAAGAUGGAGACAAGCCCCUGAGUCAUCUGCAAAACAAUAUAAAGACCCCCUCUCUUCAACCUGCAUCCAACAAUCCAACUUACACAAAUAAACUGAGGAAACUCUAUUUCCUGAAAAAUUUAUUACGUGCAGAAAUUCAAGAAAAAAUUGAUGAGGUUAAAAAGAAAGAAAAAGCUACCAUGCUUAUGCAGUCCAGACUUUUAGGUCCCAAAUUUAAACGCCAAAUCUUUCCCAAAAAUUUGGAAACCACUCAACCACAGGAAAACAGCCUGGCAGAGACUGAGGGUAUAGGGAAAAGGCGGCAGAGGAUGAAGAUAGUCCUCAAGGGGCCCAAGGGCAUAAGGAAAAAGCUCUUAGAAAAGGAGAGAAUCAGGAGGAAACAGAGUGCCUGGCCAGUUGCAAAGGAAAUUGCCGAAGCGAGAAGGCUUGGGAGACCAGUCCCAAGUGAACUGGAACAGCUUCCCGGGGUGCAGAGCCCCAAGAAGUUUGUGGGAAGCUCCUUGCACACCAAGCCUUCGUUCACGCAGGAGCAUAAGGCAGCUGUCUCUUCUUUACUGAAACAGGUCUCGGUGGGCGUGCCUGCUGCUCCCACCACUGCAAAACCCCCACCUAAGGUUAAAAACAAAUCAAAAGGCUUGACCGACACCAUUUUUGUUUUAGAAGACGCAAAUGCUAGAGUUAAAAGUAUGGAGGCUGCUAAGCCAAUCGUACAUUCCAGAAAAAAAUACCGCUUUCGUAAAACUCAUUCCCAUGUGGCCCAUGGGACACCCAAGGGCAAACUAAGUCAAGAGGUCAAAACGGAAAGUUUGCUCAAAAGACUGGUGUUUGCAAACAGGCCUCCGUUCUCUCCAGUCAGGAGCCUCAUCAAUUCCCCUUCACGUGAAGCUUUUUCAUCUUCAGGAGACCCGAGUCAUCAGGAGAAUCCUUUUCCAGAGUUAUUUUCCCUUUCAGAAGUUUCUACAGCACACAUUGGUACAUCCCCUGAAGGAAAUGCAAAGAUUUCUGUAGCAAGCACUGCUGUGCCCGGAGAAGCUGUCCCUGAAAGCACAACCUAUGAGAAUCCUUCCACUGCAGGGUCCACUGGGGCUGCAUUCAACAUAAUGCCAACGGUUAAAGAAGCCAGCGAAACCCAGUGGGAAUACCACAACACCGGCACUGACUUCACCCCCAUGCCCCACGGCUUUAAUUAUCCCGUGAGCUCAUCCCCAGGUGAUCAGUUUGAAAUGCAGCUAAACCAGCAGCUACGAUCCCUCAUCCCCAACAAUGACGUGCGAAGGCUCAUUGCUCACGUCAUCCGGACUUUGAAAAUGGACUGUUCUGAGAGCCAUGUGCACUUGGCCUGUGCCAAGCUCAUCGCUAGAACAGGCCUCCUGAUGAAGCUUCUCAGUGAGCAGCAAGAAGUGAAAGUAUCCAAGGCAGAAUGGGACACAGAUGAAUGGAAAACCGAGAACUAUAUCAGUGAGAACACAGAACCCCAGAGCGAGCAGAAAGAGCAGGAGUCAAGUGAGCUCACUAAAAAAGUUCCAAGAUAUGGCUAUAACAACAAACUCAUCUUGGCAAUAUCUGUGACUGCAACAGUGACGAUUUUGAUUAUAAUUUUCUGUCUCCUUGAGAUUUAUGUUCACAGGGGAGGAACACAGGGAGAACUGGAAGGAUCCUCGAGGAGGCGCUAUUUCUGCGGAUGGCGACCACUUUGGCUUAGGGAUAUGUACAGACCUCUCAAUGCCACACGCCAGAAAAAUAUGGCAGAGAAGCUACACGACAAGGAGUCUUCUGAUGAGGAGGAGAUUUUCCACAAGGAUGCAGGGGAGCUCACGGAAGUUGUGGUGACCACACCGGUGGAGUCAGCUGAAGCACCGGAGGAGGAGGAGGAGGAAGCAUAGUGCCCCAGCCUGCCUCAGGCAGCCUGUCAAUAAAUUCUCUAACAUUGGCUUCUCA